GAUUAUUUUAACAGUUAUAAUGCUAGUUACUUUCGUAACUGCCAGUACAACUCUUGCUGAAGAGUCAGGCUAUAAGUUCAAAAUUAACUUUGCGAUGAACUCAAGUAACACCAGUAACUCUGACGUCAAGUUGAUCUUGGGAGUCUCCUCUACCACCCAGCCGUUAACCAACAGUUAUUAUGUGUCAGGAGCUUGUGUGAAUAUCGGGACUAGCAACUACCAACUCACCACUGCAAGCACUACUUUGAAAGGAUUUGGAAUUGAGUGGCAAUGAGCCUCUUCUUGUACUUCAUUGAGUUCCGUCUAUAAUUCGGUUCUCUUCUAUGCCGGAGCUCAUUGGGGAGCUACUCAAGCUCAUGUUGUAUCAGCUCAAUCUUCUUUAACUACUGCUUCUGGAGUAACUGCAGUUAGCACCAGUGAUACCUCAAGCAAAGAAGUCUACUACUCAUUUACUGGAUUGACUCCGACCCAGCUUGCAAGCAACGUUUACAUGCCAAACCAGACGGAGACCUGGUAUGUUAGAUGCUUUGGAAAAUUCAAUCAUGUUAGCUCUGUAAUAACAAACAGUGGAGUUUCUGAUUUGGCAGCUACAAUUGGCAAUGGAAAGAACUUAUCUCUGAAGGGCAAUGGAUUCAUAACUACCACCAUCCUCGCUGUUGCAGGAUCUCUGGUAUCAGUCCUAUCUUAA